CCUGCACCCUCUUGUAUCUGCUGCUUCCUCUCCCCACGACCAGCGGCAGGCACAGGCACAGGCACAGGCAGCUUCGGAGGCGGCAACGACAGCAUCGGGACAGAGGUUUGCAGAAGUUCGCUCUUCCUGCACAUCCUCGACGCCCGCACGCGAGCCUCACCCUCAGCCGCAUUCGUUUGACGUCGAACGGUGGUGCCGACGAUGCAGAGGCUCUGAGCGAGGCGAGGCGAGGCAUACCAACCACCACGAACACCACUCACUCCACCACCACUCUCGCUCCUUCGAUCCGCUCCAUUCUCUCCUUGGCACCGCCGCUCAUUCCGAAUACAGACGACAUCUUACCACGACUCCAAGUGCAUUCGACAUUGGACGCCACAUCCCUCCUCCGCAUUCCAUAUCCGCCGACAUUCCCACCUGCAGACGCCCACGCGACCUAUUUCCCUCACUUCCCAGCAGCAUUGGACAUCCGCAGCCACCGACCAGAAUACACAGCAUGGAAUACUCUUCACCGCUGGCUGCAAUGCGGCCUCAAGCAGUGCCGACAUGGGGCCCCACCCGGAAGGACUUGCCCGGUGGUGUGUACCACGGAUGCCAAACGUUUGGCCCCUCAAGCUUCGACUUCAACACCAUGUCAAUGCAUCGCGAGAAGCCCAAGCGCCAAGACUACUUUACGCUGCGACCUGUGCGCGGCUCAUCUCCCACCGCGAGCCUGACGGCCGAUCUGGAUGCCAACUUCCAUAUCGACAAGAGCCCUCAAGCACCGACACCACGUCGAUCCUUGUUCACCACCGAUUUGUUCAAGCCUCGCGAAAAUGCUGUUACUCCGCCUGUCGAAGUCGAGCCUGCUACGACGCCAGACAUCAUUCCCUCGUCCUCGCCUUACCACGAGCCAAUGGACAUCUCGCCCCUGCCACACAAGGUCCCACACUUUCUGCACCAAGUCACUCUUCCUUCUCCCUCCACCGACGACACACCAAGCGAAGUCGACAUCUCGCCGGACUUUCUGGUGGCGGACGUCAUCUCUCGCCCGGUACCAUCGCCGGCUUUCCUAGAGCUACCAGAACGUAGGAGACCUGUCACACGACCGUCACUCAGCCGAACAAAAGGUUACUCGGCUGGUUACAUUCCACAGCGUCCGACCAGUGCUGAGACUGAAUUACCUCCGUUCCGGUUUGGACAUGUCGCUACCAGUGGCUUGUCGUGUUCAUCUACGCCAAGCCUGCUAGGGAGCUUUACAGAGUCACCGGUCGAUGACUGGCGGCCGUCCGGCUUGGGCUCAAUGCUGCCACCAACGCGGAGAACGUCACUCAGUACCGCGAACCGUAACAAUGGCUCGCCGUCGAGCAAUCACGUUCGCAAGCCUUCAGCCGGACGGCCUGCCUUCGUGCGGCCACAGCGAAAGUUGAUUCGGAGAUCUUUGAGCAUGUUCCAGCAUCCCGAUGAUGUGAUGAAGGAGGAGCAGGAGUCGUUCGAGCCACAGCCUUCCCUCGACUCGGUGAUGGAUGUAGAGCAGCCUGCCGAGCAUGUUCUGAAACUGCCAUACUUCAUCCCUGAAAGCGAGCCCGACAGCUUACCACGAAUCACCCAGGACACCAUGAUCGACAUUCUCGCCCAGAAACACACCGGCAAGUACGCGCAUAUAAUGAUCAUCGACUGCAGAUUCGAGUAUGAAUACAGUGGAGGCCACAUCGACUCCGCAGUGAAUUACAACGACAAGCAUCUACUAACGACCGAGCUCUUUGGCGACAAGAUGUCUACCGAGAACACAUUGCUGAUCUUCCACUGCGAGUAUUCAGUACACCGUGCUCCUCUCACCGCGAAAUUCGUUCGCAGUCACGAUCGUAACGUCAACGCCGCCAACUAUCCACAACUCACAUAUCCGGAGAUGUACAUUCUCGAUGGUGGAUACAGCAAGUUCUUUGCUGAGCACCCGACGAAAUGCUUCCCGCAAAACUACGUCGAGAUGAAUGAUCAACGGCACGAGCAGGCUUGUGAGCGAGGCAUGGCCAAGGUCAAGCAGCAGCGAAAUAAGCUGUUCAGGAACCAGACCUUCGCCUUUGGCCAGAACCAGAACCGCGAUGACAUGGAAGACUCUCCGACUGCGCUCGGCCGCGGGCUGGGUCCUAGAAGUCACUCAUCCUUCUCGGUCGGGCCUCAAAUCGCAGAGGGCAUCGGCAUGUCUUAUCAGCGUCGCAUGGCUUCGUACUGA